GCAGUAACGGCCAUGUGACCAGAACGCGCUCCUGUGCGUCACUCAGGCACGCCUGCCCCGACACCGCCCACUCAGCUGCUGCGAGUUCCUCUCUGUCUCUAUCCCCGUGCUGGUACGAGGCGUGGCUCCCUGCACGCUGCUCAAAUGUCUGAGCACAGAAACGGCGAUGCAGAGGAUGAUCGCACGGGUCUCCUACCAUCCACUUACUAUGCCCGCAAUUACCCACAACCAGAGACAGUAACCAAUUUGAUCAAGCGCGUACGCGCACUUACACUCAAGCUGCUACCAGUGGAAGUACCGCCAGAGAGCAUCGAGGACCCGACGAGCAGGGUCAUCACCCCGCAAGUCAUUGACGCAUAUACUCGGGCUGCAGGAGACUUCGUGCAAGCGCUGCCCUAUGCCUUGUUGAGGGCCCGGAAAGAGUUCAUGUGGGAUGCCAAUACCAAUCCUGCGGACUAUGGAGAGAAUUUGGGAAGAGCUGUUGCAUGCGAGGUUCUCGCCCGUCGAGUACUUCAUCAAGCACCACCGGACAAGACCGUUGUGAUGCUCUCUACCCGAUUCAGAUUCAAGGAGGUCGACGACGGGGAUAGCGAGAAAGCAAGUGCUCUUGAGUUGGCUAUUGACUCUCAUUGCACGAUCUUCCUGUCUUCGACGGAAGCACAAGACGUUGUCAACUGCCUAUGGCGAGGCCAACUCGUUCAAAUACACGAAGGAGACCAUGAUAUUGACUUUGUACCAUACAAGGAAUACGGCUACAACGGCUUCUGGGCCCAUUUAGACCCUGGUCGCCUCUCAGUACCCCGAUACCAAAACAUCUUCCGCAUCGUUGUCUGGACACUGUUCCUGUUCGCAUAUGCACAAGCCGUGCGUGAGCCGUUGGACAAGCUGAACCCCGAACAUUCCGAAUUAGACUUCUGGGAGAUCGUCAUGUACGUCCUCGGCCUUGCGUUCUCGUUCGAAGAUCUGCACAAGCUAUUCAAGCUUCUCCUCUUUGUCUCUUGGCGCACACUCGGCUUCUGGGACGUCAUCGGCGUGACGACCGAUUCGCUCCUCACCGCCGCCUUCGUGUUGCGCGUCGCCGGGAUUCUCUCCGCGGAGCCACAGAGCCAAGCGCUCCGGUUGCGCGCGUUCCAGUGUCUGAGCUUUGUCGCCCCAUUGAUCUGUUGGGGUCGUGCUCACCGACGAUACAUUACAGAGGUGAUCCCUGUAUUCGAUGGAUUCCAGCCUGUAGGAACGAUGCAGAUCUGCGUCGCCCGCAUGCUCAAGGAGUCUGGCAUAUUCUUCGGGCUAUUAGCCCUGCUUGGCAUCGGAUUUCUGCAAGGAUUGUAUGCGUUGGAUGCUGCAGACGGCCAGAACGACCAUCCGCAUGAGGUCGUGCAUGUCUUGAUACAGGCAUUGCUACAGGCGCCGAAUUAUGACAUGUUCUCAAGCAGCACUGGAGGGCAAUGGCUAUACUACGGCUGGAAUGUUGCAACUGCGCUCAUCCUCAUCAACGUCCUCAUCUCGCUGUUCUCAUCGGCGUAUGACGAUGUCGUUGAGGAUGCCGCGGCGGAAUACCUCACGUAUUUUGCUGGCAAGGUUGGAGGUAUGAUACGUGCGCCAGACGAGUACGUCUACCCGGCGCCAUUCAAUAUCAUCGAGAUCCUCUUCAUUGCACCCCUUGAGUUCUUCGUGAGCAAGCGGACGUACGACAGAAUCAACCGCUGCGUUAUGAUGGUCCUCUUCUGCAUUCCGCUCUGCAUCAUCGCUCUGUACGAGUCCGAGCUGGACCCGUCGAAGAACCGGUGGGUCCGCGAUCUGUUCGCGUACUCCGACGAGGGCGGCGAGGACACGCCCGAGUUCGAGAACCCGAGCGUGCACCCGGACGACUUCGCGAAGGGCCUAGAGAUCAGCAGGGUGCCAUUCGAGGAGCUCGUCAAGAUGUUCCCGGAUACGACACGCUCGAACGAGGCUUUGAUGCUAACCGAGAUCGAGACGAUGAAGGAGCAGAUGAGGGAGUUGAAGGAGCUGUUGUUGGCGAAGCGGUAA